AUGUUUGGUCGUCGUGUCUUUGCCAGCGCAGGUCUGCCGCGCCACAUGUGGACCUCCCUUCACAUUCAAAACAAACGGCAGGCGCACCGCGUCCUCCCGUCCCUCGCGCUGUUGUCAUCACUGGAGAGGGGUGGAGUCAUGUUGAAAUCGUGUUUGACACCCACCACACUUGCGCAAAGUGGCGUUCAUGCAGACGUUCUACCCAGCGAGGAAGGUUUGUUGGCACACUGCAUCGCAGGGAUGCCGUUUCUGACGGCUGUGUUUUUUAACCCGCAUAAUUUUGUAUCGCCAUGUUUAGGGAAGAACUUCUGUGCAUUGUGGCGUGUGCUUGGGACACCAAAGCAUUGGAAAGUGGCAGCACAAGGGGCGUAG